UGGCGGGGCGGGGCUUGUCGACAUGAUGGACAGGGGCUGAUCUUUGGAUCAUAAUGAGGUUGUUACUCGUCGCUGAAUACCGUCACGAGGACAGACAGAGGGACACCAUGGCAGCAGAGGGGGAGCCCGCGGACUUGGUCAAAGUGCUUCACCUUCUGGUGCUCUCGUUCUGCUGGGGUAUGCAGGUCUGGGUCUCCUUCAUAGCAGGUAUUGUGUUGGUGCGGCAGGUCAGUCGGCACACCUUUGGCCUGGUGCAGAGCAAGCUCUUCCCUGUGUACUUCUACUGUCUACUGGGUAGCAACGUCGUCAGCCUGGCCGUGCACGCCGUGUAUCACCCCUGUGACCUGCUGGACUGGCACGGCAGCUUGCAGAUGCUUCUGUACUUCGCGGCGCUGCUCACGGCGGGCUUGAACGCCCGGUGGUUGGGCCCGGCGGCCACAGCGGUGAUGUUCCAGAUGAGGGAGGUGGAGAAGGAGCAUGGCCUGGGGGACCAGAUCGGCCUGGGCAGCCAGAGCGAGGCGUACGCUAAGCUCCGAGAACAGGACCCCAAGUACAAGGCAUGCAAGGGCGCGUUCGGCCGCUAUCACGGCCUGUCCAACCUCUGCAACUUGAUCGGGUUCAUCUGCACCACGGCUAAUCUGAUCUACACGGCUCUGAAUUUAUCCACCAUAUAGAGAGGGGUGUGUACCGAAUGUCAAUCGGUAGCUUUGCAGUCUCAAAACAUUAAAUGUAUUUGAAUGCAUUUUUUUUCUACCGUUUGAUUAAAAAAAUAAAAUGAGAAUAAUAAUAAUAAAAAAAAAUAGAAAAAGCUCACUCAAAUGUGUGCACAGAGCGCCCAGCAGGGGGCGAUGUUCGGAAGCAGGUGCAUUUAGGGAUUCGCUCGUUUCUGAGCUCAGCAUAGAUAAGUGCAGCAGCGGUUCCCAAACCGUUUGUCAAGCCCCACCCUUUGCUAAUGUAAACACUAUACUGCACUAACUUCUUUAAUAAUGGUAUUUGUUGCAUUUUAUUUUGUAUUGUUGCACUGCGUUUGUGUGUGUGUGUGUGUGUGGGGGGGGGUUGGUGCACUGCACCACUAGAUUAUUGGCUUUUUAUAUUUGUAAUAAAAAAAAUGUGUUUACAAAUAUAUAUUUUGAUGACAUUAAAUGUCAAAUUUGAUCAACUCGUGUGAUGGGGUGUUAUUGUGCCAUUUAUUUAGUUGUAUUCUGUGCUACACGUUGGUCUUGUCGGGGUUGUUCUGCUCUGAAACAAUGUUUUUACUGGAUUGUAAAACAAAGUGUCCUUUUAAUCCUCAUAGGUGGAUUGUUGAGAGAACCAAGCAGACUGUGCCCGGAUUUGAAAUGGGGAAAGGUUUUAAUUAAAUUACCGGUGACGCACAGCAGGUUUCUGAGAGGAGCCGCCUGCGAUGUGCAGCGCGGUGCUCUGCUGGCCGGCUGCAGGGGGAGAGAGACACUGUUCUCAUCAUCAGCACUAAUGGAUUAUAGUGCAGGCUUUUCAAUAGGAGAGCCAGGGACUAAAAGCAAAAUGUUCAUUCAUCUGGGCCUUUUUUCUAAAGACCAUCAGCAACUAAUAACCAUUUAGUGUGAUUUUCUUCUUCCUGACGUUCUGCUUUAUAAAUAUAAAGUGUGGAACAAACAAUUACCUCGGAAGGCAGUUUGUUUCACUUUGCUGACCUUGUGCCAGUUUAUUGUCCUUUUUUGUGGAACGUACAAGGAAGUUUCUGUCUCAAAUAGAUGUUUUGAAACGCUUUAAAACCGUCCUGACAAGUUCCCUACGCCAGUGGCAUCAGGAAAUAAAGUAAACCCUGUUUAACCAAA